CCACCCCUCCCCAGCGGACAUCGGAGGCCAGGGUUCUCCCCGCGGGGACCUGUGGACCGGGGUUCUCCCCGCGGGCACCUGUGGACCGGGGUUCGUCGUGGACAUCGGAGGCCCGGGUUCUCCCCGUGGAACGGGAGGCCGGGGUCCCCAGGGGCGCGGGCCCUGGCCUCGCGCGCGCUCGCCGGGGCGAAGAGGGGUCGUGGGUCCGGCCCUCUGGGCGUCCUUCCGCGCGCUGAGGACAGAGCGGCGCCCGGGAGCCCGAUGCACACGAGAUGCGGGUGACUUUACGGCGUCGGAGACUCCGAGCAGUUAUCCUCAGGGCCCCGAAGACUGCGAGCGGGACUGUGCCCCAUCCCUGCUGUCGCCACCCCCUCCAGAUGUAGUGGCAUAUGUGGAAGUGUGGUCGGCCAAUGGAACAGAAAAUUAUUCAAAGACAUUUACAAACCAACUUGUGGAUAUGGGGGCAAAGGUUUCAAAAACUUUUAACAAACAAGUAACUCACGUUGUGUUCAAAGACGGAUACCAGAGCACUUGGGACAAAGCACUGAAGAGAGGUGUGAAGCUCGUUUCAGUACUCUGGGUUGAAAAAUGCAGGACAGCUGGAGUACACAUUGAUGAAUCCCUGUUCCCUGCAGCUAAUACUAAUGAAGACUUACCAAGCCUAAUUAAAAAAAAGCAUAAGUGUAUGCAGCCCAAAGAUUUUAUUCCUAGAACACCAGAAAAUGAUAAGAGACUGCAAAAGAAAUUUGAGAAAAUGGCUAAAGAGCUACAAAAGCAAAAAACAACUCUAGAUAAUGGUGUACCUGUUCUCUUGUUUGAGUCUAACGGUUCAUUGAUGUAUAGUCCCACAAUUAAAAUGUACAGUGGUCACCACAUCGGAAUGGAGAAGAGAUUACAGGAGAUGAAGGAGAAAAGGGAAAACCUUUCCCCUGUCUCUUCCCAGAUGCCUGAGAAGUCUCAGGAGAACCCAGUCAACUCCACGUGCGAAGCGUCUUUGAACAUUUCACAUGAUACUUUAUGUUCAGAUGAAUCCUUUGCUGGUGGUCUACACUCAUCUUUUGAGGAUCUUUGUGGAAACUCAGGAUGUGGGAAUCAGGAAAGGAAAGUGGGAGGAUUUGUUGAUGAAAUUAAAAGUGAUAGAUGUGUUUCGUCACCUGUAUUGAAAACAAGUAGUAUUCAUGUAUCAGCAUCUCCUGGGUACGUCAGUCAAUUAACUCCUCAGAAAUUCAUGAGUAACCUUUCAAAGGAAGAAAUACAUUGGCAGAGAGAUCCUGUGGGUGAAAUAGUCACCCCGGACACGAAGCAUUCAGAAGGAAUAACUAAGGAGGCAUUUGAUAAGAAAUGUAGUUUGUCUCCUACGUUAUCUGCAACAAAAGGCCACUCUCUGGGACAAUCACGACCCAAGAGUUCCUCAGCAAAGAGAAGAAUGACAUCAGAGAACUUGCCUUCACCUCCAAAAGAAAAACUUAAGAGAAAGAGGUAUAGCGGGACAUCCACCAUGCCAAAAUUGCAGCUGUUUAAGUCAGAAAGCAGCCUGCAAUUCAGGACCAGAUCUGCUACCAAGACUCCUGACUGUGGGGAGUCCUCAUAUGAUGAUUAUUUUUCACCUGAUAAUCUUAAGGAAAGGAAUUCAGAGAACCUCCUUCCCGGGUGUCAGUCAUCAUCAAGGCCUGCCCAGUUCUACUGCAGAAGAAAUCUUUCUAAGAGGGAGAGAACAACCGUCUUAGAAAUGUCAGAUUUUUCCUGCAUUGGUAAAAACCCUGGAUCAAUUGGCAUUACCAAUUUAAUAGCAAAAACCAGCUCCAGUCUUCAGAGACCUACAAUUGAUGAAAGAAAUACAACGUUGGGUUUCAUGGCUUCUGAGGGAGCAUCUGCUGCUGGAGAAACUCCAGGAUUUUGUGGACAGGCUGUCCCUCAGACAAGAGAAGACAUGAGUGAAGAUGGAAAAAGUAUCUCUUCCUGUACCAUCAGCGAACUCGCUCUUCAGAAAGCACGUGUAGCAAAGGAAGAUCAUGGGGAUUCAACUCAUUUGAAAGGCUGCAAUAAAGAGAUGCAAGAAUUGAUUGACGCACAAACCAGGCAGAAAGAAGAUACUGCUUCUAAAAUGUUGAAUUCCUCUGAAGGUGAAACACAGAGUAAUUAUAAGCUAAAUUUUGUAGGUGAUUGUAAUGUGGAAAAAUCUACAGAAGAAAGUGAAAACUUACCCAGAGGAUGUAGUGAAAGUGUUAAAAAUGGACCAACAAGCUGUGAUGUUUUAGAUGGCCCACGUGAAGCCUUAAAGGACCUCAUCAGAUCUCAGGAGGAAUCAAAGAAAAGAGGGAAAGGCCGAAAGCCAACAAGAACAUUAGUCAUGACAAGCAUGCCAUCUGAAAAGCAGAACAUCAUCAUCCAGGUUCUGAACAAAUUGAAGGGCUUUUCCUUUGCCCCGGAAGUGUGUGAAACGACCACUCACGUGCUCGUGGGGAAGCCUGUGCGCACGCUGAAUGUGCUGCUGGGAAUCGCACGCGGCUGCUGGAUUCUCUCUUACGAAUGGGUACUGUGGUCUUUGGAAAUGGGUCAUUGGAUUUCUGAGGAACCCUUCGAACUUUCUAACUACUUCCCUGCAGCUCCUCUGUGCCGCCUGGAGCGCCACUUGUCCGCGGGACACUACCAGGGAACCCUGUUUGCCGAUCAGCCGAUGAUGUUCAUCACCCCGGCCAGCAACCCCCCCCAGGCCAAGCUGUGGGAACUGGUCCUCCUGUGUGGGGGCCGGAUCACGCGUGUCCCUCACCAAGCCAGCAUCUUCAUCGGACCCUCCCGACGAAAGAGGAAGGCAACAAUCAAGUAUCUGUCGGAAGCGUGGAUCUUAGAUUCGAUCACUCAGCACAAGGUCUGUGCCUCUGAAAACUACCUAUUACUGCAAUGAUGGGGCACCGCUCAACACGUGGCUGCGGCAGAUAGCUCGCGAAGUCGUCUGUAGACAUUCAAGUGAGAAACAAAACUGUGAAGAGGAGGAACUGACAUAGAAAGGGUGCCUUUUUAUGUCAUCACAUGUUUGUCCUGUGUGUGUUGUGGUUUUUACAUAAAGAAGCUCCUUUGUGUGA